AUGAGGAUUUGGCUUUCAGCAUCCCCAUCAAGCACUUCUGAUCAGUGCUCAAGGUUGCUCAGUGCCUUGGUCUCAAAAACAAAGUCUAGUCCUGAUACUACUAGUGCAAAUUAUACCGAUAUGGCGCGGUCUCUCACUAUUCCUAUUUGGGCUGGGGCGCGGUAG